GAGACAAAUCCGGGAUAGAACUAGAUCUAGAUCUAGUGGCCUGGCAAGUCGAGCUAUGUCAAGGCGGGUCUGUUGUAAAGUCAUUUGUCUUUUGUAAGAUUUCAAUAUUGUGGAGAUCGAACGUCCGUAAGAAUACGUAGAAGACUUUGGUGGGGUUGAGGAGUAUUCAAAACCAGAAAACGUGUCCAGAUCAAGGUGUUACUAUUUUUUGACGAUUUUUCAAAAGGAAGAUAAACGUUGUGUCUCUCCCGGUGAGUGACUAUUGGAGGAAGGAAACUAAAACAGAUGGAAAUGAGGCAGAAACAGAGCCGGAUGUCUACAUCGACACUGGUGACAAUAACAGUGUUCCUUGUGCUGCUGUCUUUAAAGGGCAGUAGCAGCCUGAAGUGUUUCCAGUGCGCGACCACGAUCGAGGACGACAGCUGUGUCACAGACUACUGGGGCUUUGUCAACGACUCCAAGGGUAUCACAGACACCUACAUCAAAGACUGUCAGGCCACCAACCCGGAAUGGGACCGUUGUAUGAUAGAAACGCUGGAACAGGAUGGGCGGAUCACACACUUCCACAGAGGAUGUCACGACGGGAAGUUUUUUAGCACGCAGUUCGACAGUGACCGUUUCAAAAACCUGUCAGCAGUGAACGAAACAACAUGCGCCCGUGUGGUGACACUCGCUUGCUACACUUUCUGCCAAACAGAUUUGUGUAACGGCCCACAGGUUCCGCCCAACGUCACAGACCCGUGUGAAGGUUGGGACUACUACUACUACGAUUAUAACUACGUGGAUCUUCCAGAUGGAGUUCGGUGCGGCGCCAAAAGUCUUCACGCCGUCUGCUGCUGGCUGUUGGUUCUGUUCGCAACCUUUAUUGGCUGUGGUGGAACAAGGGAGAGAAUGGAGAAAUUCCUGUUUGGUCCCCUUUUUUCCCCUUAGCUGACACGUGUUGAUAUUUACUGAUCAUUGAUUUGUUAAACCUCCCAACCAUUCAAACAACUUCUGCCUAUAGAUCUAGUGAAACUUCAUUAAAUGAACCUGAUGGGCGGAAGGGGGCGAUAUUUUUAGACAUUUAAUGACAGCUUAAUAUAAUAAAUUCGAAGUAUGUCAAUUUCUACACUAAUUCUCUUCAUAAAGUGCUGCUUCAUCUGAUUCCGGAUUAAGUGUUUUAUAAAGUGUUUUAUUAAGUGUUUUCAUUCUUAAAUAAAAAGUAAUAUUCUAGCCUUUUUUACUCAACCUAAAAAAAAUCACUUAGAAUGAGGAAAAUACUGGUUUCCAGAAGAAAAAAAAACUACUAUUGUAUGAACUGAAUUUUGCCGGUGUUCACCGGGAACAAUAACUCUGUUCAGCUUGACAUUCUAUCAGGAACAUAAUAACUGUAACUGGACAUAGACUAAACAAAUAGAUGCUUGGGGAAAUUCAGACACACAAAAAGAAUAAUAGGAUAGAGCAGCUGAAAUAAUCUUAUCAUCAUUUCCAUUUUCUUGGAUGUACCACCAGUUAGAAGGAUCAGUUUGAAAGGCGAGAAAAGUCUUAACACGUGACUUUGCUUGAAAUUCGAGGCAUUCAUCCAGCUUCAGGGCGGUCAAAAAUUCGUGGCACAACUUAUUGCCAAAUAUCUCCUCAACUAACGAACAUAAACUCUCCAGAUUUUGCACAGUGACUUUUAUCAAUUUAAGAGUAAACACCUGUUAGCUCUAUCUAGAAAAUUCCUUAAUAAAGAUUUUUUUUUACCCAGUGGGUGGUUUCUACUGAUUUUAAAAGCUGGAACAAUAUCGCUUUUAAGAGGAAGCUCGCCAUUGUUUUUCUAACAGCGAGAUUAUCUUUAUUAAACGUUUGGUCACGGCAGGUCUCACCCUCUUUACAACCCACCCGAUGCUACAGCUGAUAUUAUAAAAAGAGUUGUUUACAACUUGUGAACAACAUUGUUGUCUUGUUUAUCCUUUCUUAUUCUAGUUUUAAGAAGCUUCCAAACUAGAAUUACUGAAGCAAAAGAGAAGCCCGCACAAUGUGCACAUCCACAACAGGUAACAAAGCUUUUAGAAUGCUCCAUUAACGAUGAACGUUUUCCUGCCAGAAUGGUUUCACUGGCUUUAGCAAAAUCAUAAUUAAUCCUUUUUUAUCUUUAAGAAAUAUUCUCCUCUGCUUUUAUACAUUGAUCCUGGUCAGACAUUAACAGACAAAUUAAUGUUAUUAUUAUUAUUGUAACUCUUGUUUCAACAGUCAAAAUAAGAUCACUUCCAGGCCAGGCUAAUGUACGAAGUUUUUUCAUGGUGUAGAACCGACUCAAAAAGAUCCGCGUCCACCGACAUCGGACCCAACACGGAUUAAGACUCUUGGGUCGGACCAGCUAAACCUAUGUUUAGCCCAGUGUUUUAUGAUUACGAGAACAGACAACACAGGCGAUUUAUUUAUUUAUUUACCCCUUUAAAAAAAACUAAAAAGCAACAAAUUAUAAUUAUG